AUACCAUCUUCUUCAAAUCGUAUUCAAAAUGUCUCUUCAUUCACUGGAUACCAAGUCAGUUAACCCAGAAGAUCCUGGAAUCGAUUAUGGUAACCCACUCGAUUAUCCACCUCUUCCAAAGUUUCGCAAGGCUGUAUACUUGUCAGCCAUUGUAGCCGCCGUUGGUGGAUUUGUGUGUGGCUAUGAUACCGGUGCCGUUUCUGGGAUCCUGAGUAUGGAGCCAUUUCAAGCAUACUUCUUUACUCCAGACAAUCUUGUCUAUCUCCAAGGAUUGCUGCUUGCCUUGUUUUUGAUGACUGCCGCACUAGGCGCUUUCUUCUCCGGGUUUUUCUGUGAUCGAUUCAGUCGAAAGUUUUCCAUUAUCGGUGCCUCCAUCAUCUUUUGUAUUGGUAUUCUCUUUCAGAUCAUCGGCCACAACUUUGGACUUCUCUUGACUGGUCGCUUGGUGGGCGGCUUUGGCGCUGGAUUAAUGACCAAUGCUAUUCCACUCUACCAUUCUGAGAUCGCUCCUCCGGAUAUUCGUGGCCGCCUUAUCAGUUUCUUUACUCUCAUGAGCACCUUUGGUCAGGUGGUUGGUUACUUCUUCACAUUUGGUACUAGUUACCUCGCUUCUGAUUGGAGCUGGAGAGCACCCUGGCUGUUUCACUUGGGCGUGUGCGCACUCUGUGGCCUAGUAUUGACCUUCUUACCAUUCUCCCCCCGCUGGCUCAUUGAUCACAAUCGCCCCGAGGAAGCUUUGCAAGUCCUGGCCGAUCUCUAUGAAACCACAAUUGAUCACCCCGCUGUUCGUAAGGAGUAUGAAGCCAUCAGGUCUGAGAUCGAGUUUGAAAAGUCUAUGGGCAAGCGUACAUAUGCAGAGCUUUUCCAGGGUUCCAAUCUCAAGCGUACUAGCAUCGCAUUCUUUAUCUCUAUCUCUACAUCUUUCACCGGCAGUGUGGCUAUUUGGUAUUACGCUCCUCAGAUCUUCCUCGAUGCCGGCAUGACUGAUUCAUCAAGCUCAAUUGCUGCUACUGGUGGUACAGGAAUAUUUUCUUUCAUUGCAGCCGCCGUAUCACUCCAAUGGUUUAUUGAUCGCUGGGGUCGUAAACCUGUCUUCUUGUCUGGCGCUGCUGUAAUGGGAAUCAGCAUGUUUGUGGUCGGUGCUCUAUUCCAGAAAUUCGCCCUUGUUGAUGUCGACACUGGCGUAGUAGCAGUGACCAACCCUCAUGCCCGUAACACCAUCAUGGCGUUUAUCUACAUAUUUGCUGGUACCUUUUCGUUCAGUUAUGGAAGUGCUUCUUAUGUAUACCCUGCCGAGAUUUUCAACAUGCGUACCCGUGCCAAGGGUCUUGCCUUGACUUAUGGUCUCAACUGGGGUUUUUCCAUCUUGAUCACUUACUGUGCGCCUCUUUUCCUUGCUCACACUGUCUCUGGUCUCUACUUCUUCUUCGGUGCCUGCUGUAUCGUUUGCUUUGUCGGCUGCUGGUUUAUUCCCGAGACCAAGGGCCGUACUCUUGAGGAUAUGGAGGUUCUCUUUGGC